GGAGAGUGAGUUAGUUUGUGGGUAGUUGGAAACGGGGGUUCAUGUACGGACCGCCGUUUAUAUCUGCACCUAUUCCCAUCUAUUUCUUGGUCUUUUUUUCUUCCCUUUCCCUUUUUCCUUUUCUCCCUAUCCUCCACUUGUGGUGAAUAUCUUCAGUCAUUCUUUGGUUCGGGCAUUACCAGGGAAUCCGGUUCCUUUCUUUCCUUCCCCUCAGUUUGCCAUUCGUUCCCCUCUUGCAUUGAUUGCAAUCAGGAGGCCCUCUCUCUCUCGAUUUCUAGUCACACAUCCCGGUGGUGCACUUUAAUUACAAUUUUUUUAUCCAUUUUUCUUGACUAUCCUUUUAUAUAUAUUUUUUUUCUGCCUGAAGAUAUAUAGCCCACCUACUUUCGGAUAGGUCACUAUGAAGUUCUCUACUAGCGGUUUUCUUAUCUUCCUCCUGGCUUCCUCAGAAGUCAUUACAGCCGCGCCAAGAAGGGGUCGUGGUGGUCGUCGCGGAAGGGGUAAGGGAAGGGGAGUUGGCGGUCCUUUUGGUGGGUUGAUCCAGCGAAUACCUGGCAAUAGUUAAUUAAUAUAUUUACUAACUUUUUUGUGCAACCAGGCAAUGGCACCGACAUCUCAACGACUAUUACGGGCAAUGACGGAAAACCUACACCGACCGUGACGGAUGUCUACAAUCUUGUAUCGACAACCAUGACCUUGCCAGAUGGGAAGGUCACAGAGACCGUUGUCCCCGAUGAAGAUACCCUGACCACCCUUACCGAUGCCGGUGGAAGCGUCACCACUUCAACUUUGCCAGAGGAGACAGGGGUCGAUGGGGACGAUGGUGCCGUUCCUGAGGGUGAGGAUGAGGAGGAUGUGGAGGAACCUUCGGCUACCGGUGCUCCAACUGCUACCGACAUCUUGCCGGCUGCUGGGACGAACUCUGCUACUCGGAGGAGGGGCGGGAAUAAUUCGGGGGCUGCUACUACUACUAGCAGGAGGGGUGGGAACGGGAAUGCUAGCAAUACUAGCAGGGGGACUAGCACUACAUCGUCUUCGAGUGCUAGUGCUAGCCCUACCGGCAGAGGUUUGUGGAUUCUCCAGUAUUCAUGUCUGGUACGCCGCUAAAUUGCAUUAUAGGAAACAAUGGCGGGAACAAUGGCGGAAAUAACAACGGGGGAAACAAUGGGGGAAACAAUGGGGGAAACAAUGGGGGCAAUAACGGUGGAAACAAUAAUCUCGCUCUCGACCCUGACAAUGUUCAAGAUGCCAGCACCAAAACCGGCCAGGAAGACGGCGACGAUCCCAAUCAAGCCGACUCGCUUACUGACGGAGCUAACUUCAUCAAUUUCUGCAAAGGAAAGACACUGACGAACGGCCUUCAAGUCAAGAGUGGCUCUUGCAAUGGCAUCGUCAUGGGAGAUAUCCCUUCCACUUCCAACAUGGUCUCCACGAUCAUCACUUCUCCUACGCCCGGCCAGAACAUCCAGGCAGACACUGAGUUCACUGUUAAGGUUACCACUGAGAAUCUGGUUGCUGGAAGCUUUACCAGUAUGUCUUCACCUUUCCUAUAUGCACAUUCUAGCCUGUGCUAACAUCAAUCCCCCAGACCCUGCAAACACCUAUUAUGCCGCCCCACAGCAGCUCCAAGGUGGGAAGGUUAUUGGACACACCCACAUUACCAUCCAAAAACUCGAUGCCCUGGACACCAAUAAGGCACCCGCUGCCGAUGUGUUUGAGUUCUUCAAAGGUAUCAACGACCCUGGUGAUGGAAAUGGCAACCUUGAGGCUGUCGUUACCGGUGGUCUUCCUGCGGGCGCAUAUCGUGUUUGCACCCUUAGCUCUGCAUCCAACCAUCAGCCGGUUAUCAUGCCGAUCGCUCAGCGUGGUGCACAGGAUGAUUGUACCAAAUUCACUGUUGGCGGGAAUGGUUAGUUCUCAUGUUCUCUCACUCGGUAUACUAAAAUCUCGAAACUGACUGUUUAUAGGAGGCAAUAACAACAACGGUGGAAACAACGGGGGCAGAGGACAAUAAUCUCCUCCCCACUUAAGAAACCCAUCCAAUAACCCCUAUUCGUAAUCUUCUUCUGUACAAGUAUUAUUAGUUUUCUUAUUAGUUUUUUCUUUCUUUUGAGUCCGCUUUGUUCAUCUCGCCAUCCUGCGCCCCCCCCCAUAGUCUUCACCUUGCUUCCAGUGGAAGCCCGGGAGGACUUCCCCCCGAUUGUCCCCGGCCUCAACCGUUGAACUCGAUGCAUGCAUCGGGCCAUCGUGUAGUAUAUAGUCUAUUGUACUGUAUUAUUUAUCACAAUUGGAUACCGGUUACUCGAACUUG